CCCCCAGACAAGGUAACAGACUAUGAUGUUUUAAAGACUGAAAUACUCAGCAGAUAUGGUCUCACGAAAUUUAGUAUGGCCCAGCGGUUCCACAGCUGGACUUUCCACCCUGACCAGCCUCCUCGUGCACAAAUGCAUGAGCUUGCCCGUAUUGCUAGGAAAUGGCUCGAACCUGAAAAGAAUACGGCUGCCGCAAUAGUUGAAGCCGUUGUUGUAGAUAAUUACGUACGAGCCCUGCCAUAUGAAGCAAAGCGCUUCAUAAGCCAACAGGCUCUGACCACAGCCGAACUCACUGUGGAGGCAGUAGAAAAGUACCAGGCCACCACAGAAAUGCUCCGUGCCUCCAGGAAGGACCCCAAGACCAUGCCUCCUCAGUCGACUGGGGCAAUGCGGCCCAGAAUCCCCAAGGCCCCCAAUUCAGUUGCGGCAGGACCUAGCAACACGGCAGGCGGAGACAGAAAGCAGCUCGGAGCGGGGAGAGUGCGGCGAGAUGGCGACAUACUGCAAUGCUACCGAUGCGGCGAAGUGGGACACUUCUCCUGGCAAUGUGGGAAGCCUUCGGAUGAGCCCAUGCCUACUGCGGCCUCCUCCAGCUCAUCGCCCUCCCACCUCUUUGCGUCACUUGUGGGGUACACCGAUGGCACCCCAGACAAGCCCCCCACCUGCCCAGUGAGGGUGAAUCACCAUGACGUGGAGGCCUUGCUGGAUUCAGGUAGCCGUAUUACCCUGGUACGUAAAGACUUGGUAGACUCUGCACGCCUGGCCACUGCCAGUGUGCUGCCCGUGUCAUGUGUCCAUGGAGAUACCCGAGAGUACCCCACCACUGACCUGGAGAUGACCACCACCCGUGGUACCAUACACUUGACAGCAGGUGUAGUUGAGUCUCUCCCCGUCCCUGUCCUUAUUGGCAGAGACUGCCCAGCCUUCCAGUCACUCUGGAGAGAAACACAGGAGAGGCUGACUCGGGACCCUCGGAAGCGGAGAGGUAAGACCCAUCCAGCUAAUACACCUGUGCAAUCCCAAGAACCCCUCAUGAUUUCUUCCGCCCUCGCAGGGAUGGCGGACCCCCACGCAGACACCGAGCCAGACACAGACACCGGAGAGGAGAACUUGAUCGAGGAGAGUGUCUCGAACUCAAACGAUGGAGGCCAGAGUGCAGAGGAGCUUCCCCCCCUAUCAGGCCAGUAUGGUACUGCCCAACUGCAGGAUCCUACUCUUAUUAAUGCGCUAAGAACUGUGCAGGUGUUAGAAGGAACAGUGCUAGGAGAUAGUACGAGUCCUAGCUACCCCCACUUUGCAGUAAAUCGGGGCUUACUGUAUCGAGUGGUGAAGGAAAAUAAUGAAGUACAUGAGCAACUUCUUGUGCCUCAGCCCUAUCGUGACACAGUGCUCAACCUUGCACACACGCACCCACUUGGAGCCCACUUAGGAGUGGAGAAGACUACAGAGAGGAUUGUGCAGCGUUUCUUUUGGCCGGGCAUACACAAAGAGGUAGAGAACUACUGUCGCAGUUGCCAAGACUGUCAGCUAAGGGCUCCAAAGCCCUCAUAUAGAAAUCCAUUAAUUCCCCUGCCAGUCAUUGAAACGCCCUUUGAAAGGAUCGGGCUAGAUAUAGUGGGCCCUUUACCAAGGAGUUCCAGAGGGCACCAGUACAUUUUAGUGAUACUGGAUUAUGCAACCCGUUAUCCAGAAGCCAUCCCACUAAGAAAGGCUACGGCCAGACAAAUUGCUAAAGAACUGUUCUUGCUCUCCACUAGCCUAGGCAUCCCAAAGGAGAUCUUGACCGACCAAGGAACCCCCUUCAUGUCCCGAGUGAUGAAGGAGCUCUGCACCCUACUGAAAAUCAAACAGCUAAGGACGUCGGUCUACCACCCUCAGACAGAUGGGCUAGUGGAACGCUUUAACAAGACAUUGAAAGCCAUGCUGCGGAAGGCGAUUGGAGAGGAUGGACGCAACUGGGAUCAGCUGAUACCAUACCUCAUGUUUGCCGUGAGAGAAGUACCCCAGUCUUCCACUGGUUUUUCACCUUUUGAGCUUCUGCUUUCGUACAGGCCCAGAGGACUGCUCGACAUUGCCAAGGAGGCUUGGGAGGAACAACCCUGCAGACAGCGGACCUUGAUAGAGCACGUUGGGGCAAUGAAGGAGAGGAUGAAGGUCAUCUACCCCAUAGUGCGCGAACAUAUGGAGGCUGCUCAACGUCAACAACAAGCUGCCUACAACCGACCUUCCCAACCCAGAGAAUUCAAGCCUGGGGACCGAGUGCUGGUUCUGGUGCCGACAGUUGAAUGUAAGUUCUUGGCAACCUGGCAGGGUCCAUAUGAGGUCAUUGAAAGAGUGGGACAGGUCAAUUACAAGGUGAGACAACCCGACAAAAGAAAACAUGAACAGAUUUACCAUGUUAAUUUACUAAAAAAGUGGCAUGCCAGAGAGGCCCUGUUGAGUUGUCUGCCCCCUACAGAGUCCAUGGAACCAGCAAGAGAAGAGGUUCAAGUGGGUCCGGGCCUAUCUCCACAUCAACGACAGAUGACCCUGGAGCUGGUGGAUCGCAACCGGGACGUCUUCUCCUCCCUCCCUGGACACACGGAGGUGGUCCAACAUGACAUCCGAACCAUGCCUAAUCGGACGAUAACGCAGCGACCGUAUCGUGUCCCAGAGGCUCGGAAAGCAGUCAUUGAGGAGGAGGUAAAGAAGAUGCUGGAAUUGGGGGUCAUUGAGGAAUCCAAAAGCGCAUGGGCAAGUCCAAUCGUACUGGUCCCCAAACCAGACGGGUCAGUGAGAUUCUGUAACGAUUAUAGAAAACUAAAUGCAGUGUCUGAGUUUGAUGCAUACCCAAUGGCUCGUGUUGAUGAUAUGGUAGAUGCUCUAGGACAGGCCCGCUUCCUAACGACUCUGGACCUCACAAAAGGCUACUGGCAGGUGCCCCUGACUCCAGCGUCCAAGGAGAAGACGGCCUUUGCGACACCAGGGGGACUCUACCAGUACACCCGACUUCCCUUCGGUCUCCAUGGGGCCCCAGCUACUUUCCAGCGCUUGAUGGAUCGGGUCCUCACCCCCCAUAAAAGGUAUGCGGCAGCAUUUCUAGACGAUGUUGUUAUCCAAAGUCCUGAUUGGGAUAGCCACUUACCACGUGUGCAAGCUGUGCUCGACUCUCUCAGGGAUGCAGGUCUUACAGCGAACCCGAAAAAGUGCAAGCUGGCCUUCAGUGAGACUAACUACCUAGGGUAUACCAUUGGUCGGGGACUGGUCAAGCCACAGGAAGCCAAGCUACGGGCCAUAAAGGAUUGGCCACAACCCAUCACCAAGAGGCAGGUGAGAGCAUUUUUGGGCCUAGCCGGCUACUACAGACGCUUCAUCGCAAAUUUUGCUUCUAUAGCUGCACCCCUCACAGAACUGACCACUAAACGCCACUCAAGAAUGGUAAGAUGGAACCCUGCGGCGGAGGCGGCCUUCGUCAGCUUGAAGGAGGCCCUGUGUUCCAGUCCUGUCCUGGUGGCGCCGGAUUUCAAAAGAGAAUUUAUUGUCCAGACGGAUGCUUCUGAGAGCUGGCAAGCAGCACGGCAAUGCUGAUGGCCUCUCCCGCCGGGAUGCCCUCUUCACGUCCUUCAGCCCGACGAGGACGUCGAUCCCGAGGGGAGGGAUGUGUGACGUCACGAGAGGCUGUGUGCUGGAGGGACGCUACAUCCCCUUGAGAUGGCUGCAACCACUGCCCUCUUUGUCUCCAUCUGGUGGCGGAAACCAGAUACUGCACACCUCAACAGAGAACACCACAGCUGCAGUCAAUGAGUGGACCACAGCUGAGCCUGAUGACUGCUUGAGCAGCUGAGCAGCUUGAGAGCUACAAACUCACUCGGAGCCAGUUUUGCAGGGGGAGCCAUGGCUGAGACUUCUCGCUCUGCCAAACUGAGCGGUGUCUUGGAAGCAAAGAACUUUGUGAGCUUUGAAGUUGCCUGUGACUGUGCUUAUCAGAGGAGCAUGGACUAACCUUUCCUUUUCGGUGAGACUUUUCCUGGAAUAUUUACCUGGAGAACAUUGACUGAACUUUUUAUUUGGAUUACUUACCUGGAAAAUGACUUACCCAUGAACUGAAGCCCUUCUUUGUUUGAGUUGACCGAGUGGUUGAAGAUUUUGCGUUGGAAGGAAAUACUUACCUGUUGAAGAGAGACUUUAUGUUUGAUCCUUACAAAAGAUAUCCUUAUUUGACCUUUUUCAACCAAGAGACCUUUUCUGUUAAUUGAAGUACAUUAAUAAAAAUCAUAAUUUUAUUUGAAACCUUGUGUCCUCGCACUUCUUGA